GUUUUUCCCACUAAUUAGCUCUUUUUUUCAGUCACUAGGCCUAGUUAAUUUGAAAAUGUACAAUAUUCCAUGAACGAUAAUUAUAACAGCAAAAAGCUGUUUAAAAAAGUUUGAUGGAAUAAUAUAAUGUCAUACCGCAGCUAGAACAUGUAAACUUUUAGUCACAUAUCAACCACCCAUGCAACACGCGUGGAUUACUUUUCAGCUAGUUGAAUUAUGCCAUGUCUUUUGAGUUGAAAAGAUGAUCGGUUUAAUUAAGGGCAAAAGUGAAAGGAUCAGAGUUUGAUCCUUUCUUACAGUUCUAUAGAUGUCAUGCAUCUCUAAAGGCACGCGCCUUGGAUAUGUCCGUUUCUUUAUUGUUCUGAACAGCCAAUCAGAACGCGCGGUGAAAACGCGUGCCACUAUCCCACUAUAAGUACGGGUCGCGUGCCAGGUGGAAACUCACUUAUCUCGCUCAGCUCGAGCCAUUACUGACUGUACUCCAAGCAGCUACUGCAUACUUCAAUCCAAACCAAGAUGAUUAAUGAAGGAAAAUCCCUGUCCGAAGCCCUGCUGUCUGCCAAGGCGGAGGGUCGCCUCACUGUUGGCGUCUACGAGUGCGCAAAAACAAUGAACGAGGACCCUGAUAGUGUGUCUUUCUGCCUUUUGGCCACUGAUGACUUUGAGUGUGACAUCGCUCUCCAGAUUCACUUCACUCUGAUCCAAGCGUUUUGCUUUGAUAACGACAUCAGCAUCGUCAGAGUAAACGACCUGAAACGUCUCAACGCUCUUGUCGGUGCCAAGGGUCAACUCGAGGACGCUCAUUGUGUCCUUAUAACGAAGCCAGCUGAGGACUCCUGGGAGGAUCCAGCUCUGGAGAAGCUUCACCUGUUCUGUGAAGAAAGUCGCAGUUAUAACGAGUGGGUUCCUGAGAUCACUCUCCCCGAGCGUUGAUCUGGACCUUUACUCUUCUCUGUUGAGAUGCUGUAAACCUUGAGGAAUACUCUACUCAUCCUUUGAAGCAAGGAUGUUGAUGUUUCCACAUCCCUGGAUGCUCCUGAGGAGGCUGAACCGUCCAGGCAGCGCGAGGCAGGCCCGAGUGGCCCUCGCGGUUACGUCGUUCCUCGUCCCGUCCAUGCCAAGAUGAUCCUCAUUCUUUAUGUGAAUGAGGUCAGGUAUGCCACGAGAGCGACACAAUGGCCCUCAUUCUUUGUGCGGAUGAGGUUUGGAGAGAAAGGAGAAGCGAGUUUUGCCUCUGUUACACAGAGCAAAUAUCGCAUGCGUUGGACACGCAGGGGACGCGGCGGUGCGUCGAAGCAACGUUUUUAAAAAUGGACUUUAACAUCUCGGACGUUUUUAAAAAUGAAAUUGCUGCACAAUAUAACGUGCCUUAUUGUCGGCAAUGUGCUUUCCACUUUCCAGAAUUGUCUUAUUCUCUAAAGGUUUCACUUUAGAAAUAUAAAUAUGACAAAAA